AUGCCCAGAUUCGACAUCACUUUUCGGCAGCUAAUCUUUGCCAGUAUCGCACUGCAUGUUGUUCUGCUUGUCUACGGCCACUGGCAAGAUACGCAUCUCGUCGUAAAGUACACAGACAUCGACUAUGUUGUCUUUACAGACGCUUCGCGCUACCUCACCCAAGGACAGUCUCCGUACAAGCGCGCCACCUAUCGAUACACGCCCCUACUCGCCCAGCUGUUGACGCCCAAUAUCUAUCUUCACGAAUCCUUUGGUAAAUGGGUCUUUACUGGAGCGGAUCUGCUGAUCGGCGUGCUGAUUCAAAAGAUCCUGCGUCUCAGAGGCAUGUCCGAAUUGAGAGCCGUCAAGUACAACGCCAUCUGGCUGCUCAAUCCUAUGGUUGCCAACAUUUCAACCCGAGGCAACGCUGAGAGUGUCAUUGGCGCCAUGGUCUUGGGCUCCUUUUACCUGAUCAUGAAAAAGCGGAUAGGCUGGGGUGCCUUCCUGUACGGACUCAGCGUUCAUUUCAAAACCUAUCCCAUCAUCUACUCCAUUGCGCUGCUGGUGAUGAUGGAUGACGGAUAUGGAGAGUCGCAGGGCGAGGUCGCACAUGAUAGACGGGAUGAAAAGGAGCAGGAAACCGUACGGCAACUCAACGGUGAACAGAGCGGGUCCAGAAAUUCCAGCAACAACAUCGUUCUCAAGACCGUCAAGGGCCUUGUUGACUUUGUCACUUGGCGCCGUGUUCGAUUCGGACUCUUGAGUGGAGGUUGGUUUUUCCUCAUAACGGGACUCAUGUACUACAUGUACGGCUACGAGUUCCUCUUUGAAACGUACCUGUACCAUGUUACACGCAAGGACCAUCGGCAUAACUUUUCUUUCUGGUUCUACAACAUUUAUCUGACGUUUACCUCACCAACGGGUACGCUGGUUGGCGUGUUGACGUUUGUGCCCCAAUUGGCUCUGGUCUUGGCCAUCGGAUGCUGCUUUGGCAAGGACAUUUUCUUUUGCGCCUUCCUGCAGACAUUCGCGUUCGUGGCCUGGAACAAGGUCUGCACUGCUCAGUACUUUAUGUGGUACAUUGUGUUCUUGCCACUUUUGAUCCCAUGUCUAGCGUCUAAUCCUCGAAUGGGUCUGCGGUCGCAAGGACGGAACAUGUUGGUUGGAUGGGUGAUCGCGCAGGGUCUCUGGCUGUCCCAGGCAUACAAUCUCGAAUUCCUGGGGUUGAACACAUUCUGGAACUUGUUCCUGGCGUCGGGCCUGAUGUACGCUACCAACGUCUGGAUCCUGGUCGAGCUGAUUACGGGGGCAGAGUAUGAGCCGAUCUUUAACGACCGAGGAAUGAUUCGGCGGGUGUGGUCUUCUCGCCGCUAG